UAUUUAACGUUUUAAAUGAGAGUAGUUGAAGAUGACGUCAGCCAAAGGUCGUGCAGUAUCGCCUACUCGGCGCGGGCGCAGCGAUCACUAGUGCGCAGUGAUCGCGCUACUGGUAACGUUGUAUUGACCAGGAUGAAACUCUCAAUAGUUUUCCUGCUUUGUGUAGCAGCCUGCCAAGCUGACGAUAUAGCGUCAGCUGCGGGUCAAAUCUUUCAGAACAUCCUCCCGAGCCUGAUCACUAACUCAGUGACCGGCCAGCAAGGCAAUACCGGAGCUAAUACACUCCAGCAAAUCGGAAGUGUGGUGGGAGGUGUCGUGGACUACGCCAAGAAAAAGAGUUACGAAGAUCUCUUGCGCCAAGUACAGGCCCAAACCUCUGAUGAUGACCUGCUCCGAGUCGGCGAGGAAAUGUUCAACGCGGAUCUUAAUAAUGCAAUCAACUACAUUCAAGUCAAUUUGCAAGGCAAAACCACUCCUAUGUCUAGGAAUGAUGAAGCACAGGCAAGUUUAUUGACGGUUCCUGACAAUGUAUGGAAUGGACCUACAAUAAGGCCGAUGGUGGCACUUUUUGAUAAUUACCACAAAAACGUAAUUAGACCGGAAUUCGUGACACCAAACGAAGAAACAGAGGUGAUCACGUACAUCAACACAAUUCUGGCCACAGGACCGAUUAGGAGUCUGAUGACAUUCUUAGUCAGUAAAGGUUUGACUCAAAUGAACGAGUACAACGAGCAAGUAGAACUGCUGAAAAAGAUCUGGUUCACGAAGUACGCGCGCCACUGGACCAGCUUGUGCAAAUGCAGUUGCGCUUUCGAAAACGUCUUUAUGGCCGAGCUCAAGUCUAACGACGUGCUGGGUCUUCACAGCUGGCUGUUCUUUGCCAAACGUGAGCAGGAUCGCAAAGCUAACUAUUUGGGAUACAUCGACAAACUAGACCUCUCUGGAAAAGGGCUGAUCCUCAAGCAACACUCAAUCCUAAGUGACACGAAGGACGCACCAGAAGUCAACAUGUUCGUGGGAACAUCGCCAGAGUUAGAGACAGCGCUAUACACGCUGUGCUUCAUGGCGCGCCCCGACCGCCCGUGCAAGCUGCGCUACAACAACGUGCCCUUCACAAUACAGACCAAGACCGUGAAGGCUGAUAACAUACCCGUUAUCGAUACCGCUUAUCCAUAUUUCUAAUUUUACGUUAAUAGAGCUACUUCUACAAACAUUAGGGUUGCCACCCGUCUAUUAUCCACCUCAGCGUCGUUCCUUCAUUAGUCAAUAGUGAUUAGAUAGGUAUACUUACUGAAGAUCGUGGUGUUCCUACUAGGUAUUCCCUUUCCGUGGAAUGAAGCUAUUAUAGCGCUGUCUCUGUUAUUGUAUGGGACUACGUAACGGAGAAAGCGCACUUUGCCUUUGCUUAGACUUAAGUUUCAGUUAAAACGAGACAGAUGUAUGCCAGAGGUAUAACGCUGUCUCGUGAGCAAAUUCAAAGUUCACUCUAUAGAUAUCAGCCUGAUUGAUCAGUUCUCAUUCAUAGGGAGUUAGUUAUAACCUGUUUAGCGGUGUUUUUGAAGUGAAAACUACUUCAGGCGCAUUUGGCGAUUUUGGGGUCGAUAAAUCUUCAAAGUCGCGUCAAAAUCAGUUCCUUAAUGCAACGUGUUAGGGUUCAAUUUUGAAUGGAAGUGUCAAGUAUGUUUAAGUUUUCACUCCUAUCAGCAGUUCCCACUGACUGUCAAAUUAUCCAUCUUUGCCAGUUUCCAGUGUGGUGGGAGAAUUUCCACACUUACGUAGUACAUUUCACUGUAAUGUAUAGUGUUAUAUAGCUAUUCAUAUUUAAAGAAUAUAAUUAUUAAAAUCUUAUAUUUAUUUCAAAGGUGGUAACCCAAGUUAAAAUAUACUCAAACAGUUGUUUAUUUAAUUUGUCUCGAUAUCUUGGUCUUUAUUCAUUUUUAUCACAAUCACUUCGUCUCUCUAAAUAUUAUGCUCGGACCUAAAUAUUAAUAUCAUUUAGGUAUAAGUUUGUUAAGAAUAAAUUAGUACAAAAUA